UUGCUUGAGUGCAAGUGUUCAGAAGUGCAUGGGAUGCCACAGAGCCUGGGCUCCUUCAGGAUUCAGCAAUUCUCUCCACCAUGAUCAACACUUACCAGACCAGUGUUGCUGCACCGCCGGUGCCUCCACGCCUCAGCCGGUCCCAACAGGUCCUCUUCCCGGCUCCAUCACAAGGCCACAGCAAGUCUCUCCUCAGGUUCCUGACCGGUGUAGUGGUGCUGCACUUAUUCCUUUCAGUCGGAGGAUUCAUCUACCUGAAGCAAAAUGACACAAUGCAUCCAUCCCAGCUCCCAUCAGCAGAAGGAAAAACUGCCCAUCGCUCAUCAGGAAAGCAGGAAACAUCAAACAAAGCCCUGGCCCGCAUGGUAGUCAAGAAGUCAGAUCAGAAAGGAGCGGGUUAUCUCGAGUGGGAUAUGGGCCACUCAGUUUUAAAGAGCGUCAGUUACUCCCACAAAAUGUGGUUGACCAUCGAGCAGCCUGGCGACUACUACGUCUACUCCAGGGUGACCUUCUCCAAGCUCGACCCAAAGCGGCCGCUGGUCAGCAUCGUGAAGCUGAGGGAGAGUGAGAAGGGAAAGGAGAAGACAGUGAUGCAGGCGUUCUGCAACAUGGACAGCAGCGGUGCGCCUCAGCUGUCCACGGCCACACAGGGAGAGCUGGUCACACUGGAGAAAGGGAACCAGCUCGGUGUCUGGUUACACAACCUUUCAGUGGUGUCCUACGAGGACGGGGCCACAACCUUUGGGAUUUUCAGACUGUAGGACCCCUGGACCUAAGUGGAUGUACUUGGAUUUAAAUCUACAGAGAACACUGUUAAAUAGACUGGAUCAAUUAUCAAACCAAUGGAUUCUGAUCUUCCUAGAGACCUUUCCUAAAAUAUAAUUUAUUAAAUCAGAUUUAGUUGUGUUUUUUUUUUAUUGCAACGAUGUGGAAGAUUGUUCUGUAUUUAUUAUUGUAAACGAUGUUGUAUGGCUGUGAAAUGAAACUUUGAUAUUUAAUUCUAAAGAUGUCUUCUCUUUUUCAUCUGCUUUAUUUUCAUGAGUUAGAAGUUAUGUUGGUCUGCCCACAUUGGACCAAAAUAGCCGGUCCGGAACAUUCAGGAAAAUGCAAAAUAUUUAAAUCGGUGUAAAGGAAAGAUGUGGCAGGCACCUUUCAAAACAAAGGCAAUUCAAAGUGCCUUACAAGAAUGAAAGAAGAGGCAUUUAAAA